AUGACAUCCAACAAGUCGCAGCAGUUCUUUCACACCUCGGGAGCGACAGACUCGGUCUGGGUGCAUUUGGAUCCCGUCUCGAACAGGCCGUCUUUUUCAAAGCUUAGUCAAGAUAUCGAGACUGAUGUGUGCAUUGUCGGCGCUGGAAUCGCUGGCAUUUCAACAGCGUAUGAACUCGUCUCUCGUGGGCGUGAAGUUGUGCUUCUCGAAGCGCGUCAGGUCCUGUCAGGGGAGACAGGCCGUACGAGUGGUCAUUUGACUAACGACCUUGAUGAUGGGUACAUGGAGAUUGCAAAGCUGCACGGUGAGGAGAAGGCUAGGCUUGCAGCUGAAAGUCACGCGUGGGGACGAGACCAUAUCGGGGAAGUUUCCCAGAAGCUAGGUAUCGAGUGCGAGUAUCGCAAGCUCCCGGCUUAUGAAGUGUCGCAAUAUUCCACCAAGGAUAAGGAGCAUCAGGAUGAGAUGAACGAGUUGCGCAAAGAAGAAGCGGCACAACGAAAGCUUGGCAUGGACUCAGUGUUUGAUGAAGACUUAACUGUCCGUGGCUGGGAUGGAGCCAUCGAUCAGAGAGGAGGCCUCGUCGUCAAGAACCAAGCAACCUUCCAUCCUACCAAGUAUUUGAACGGUGUUCUCAAAUGGCUCAAGACGCAACCCAACUUCCGCUGCUUUGACCAAACCCGCGUCAUGUCUGUUGAGGAAAAGGGUAUUGAAAUUCUCGGCAUCGGCAACAAGUCUGUUGAGGUAAAGACAAGCGACGGAAAGACUAUCAAGUGCAGCGACGCCGUCGAAGCAACCUGUGUCCCUCUCCAGAAGCUCAGUGUCAUCGUCCAGUUGGAGUUCCUGCGAUCUUACUGUAUCGCUGCUCGUGUUCCCAAGGGUGUCAUUGAGGACUGUCUCCUUUACGACCAAGCUGAGUCGUACAAAUACAUUCGUCUCACCGAGUGCGACAAAGAGCAUGAUUACCUCAUCGUCGGUGGCUGCGAUCACAAGGUUGGUCAAGAGGACACCACGACUGAGUUCAAGGAGCUCGAGGAUUGGACUCGGGAGCGCUUCUCGCAGGUUCGCUCUGUUGACUACAAAUGGAGCGGACAGAUUGUCGAGCCUAUUGAUUAUAUGCAGUUCAUUGGCAAAAACCAGGGCAACGACCACAUCUACAUCAUCACCGGAGACUCUGGGGACGGUUUGACGCAUGGAGUUCUAGCGGGUAAGUUGAUUGCAGACGAAAUCGACGGUGUCAAGAAUCCUUGGGCAGACCUCUACUCCCCAAAGCGUAUGGCUACCAUCGUCAAGUCGCUGCCAAGCAUGGUCGCGCAUGAUCUGCAAGUCAACUCACAGUACAAGAGAUUCUUGCAGACAGACAUCACCGACAUUGAGGAUCUCGGCCGCGGCAUGGGAGCUGUGCUGAACAAGGUUGGAUCAAAGCCAAUUGCAGUGUACAAGGACGAAGAAGGAAACGUCAAGCAGUACAGCGCAUUGUGUCCGCAUCUGAAAGGUGUUGUCUGCUGGAACACUACCGAGAAAAGUUUCGACUGUCCUAUCCACGGAAGUCGAUUCUCUCGGGAGGGUAUUUGUGUUAUGGGGCCGUCAAAGGGUAACUUGGCUCCGGUUGAUGAUGCGGGCAAGGCAGACCAGGAGAACGUGGCAGGUAGCUAG